AUGGCCGAGCAUCUGGCACGGAUCAUCGGAACGGAAGAGGACAGAGUUAACUGUCCCUUCUUUUGGAAAAUAGGCGCGUGCCGCCAUGGCGACCAGUGUAGUCGAAGCCACUACAAGCCGAACAGUGCCCAGACGUUAGUCAUCCGCCACAUGUACGACAACCCCCCAAUGGCCGUUGCAAUUGCAGAAGGGCAGAUGGUGGAGGAUGAAGUGCUGGACAAAGCAGCGGACCAUUUUGAGGAGUUUUACGAAGAAGUCUUUGAGGAAUUAAUGAAAUAUGGCGAAAUUGAAGAUAUGGUUGUGUGUGAUAAUAUAGGAGAUCACAUCAUUGGAAAUGUAUACAUAAAAUACACACACGAGGAUUAUGCGGAGAAGGCUGUGAAGGAGUUGAAUGGGAGAUUCUACGCUGGAAAGCCAUUACAAAUUGAGUAUACCCCUGUGACGGAUUUUAGGGAGGCAAGGUGCAGGCAGUUUGUGGAUGGGCAGUGCAGACGAGGUGGGUACUGCAACUUUAUGCACAUCAAACAUGUACCCAGGGCUGUCAAGCGGAAGCUAUACAAACGAAUGUAUAAAAAAUUCCCAGAAUAUAAAAAAAGGAGGAAAACGAAAGAUGGUUCGGAGGAUGGGUAUCACGACAGCCACAGGGAUAGAGGCAGUAGGGACAAGCAUAGGCGUGAUAAAUACGGGGAUAGCCACCACUCCUCUAGACGCAGAAAUAGGAGCAGAAGCCGGAGCAGGAAUCGUGAUGAUGCCGAUGGGGAUAGCGACGGUGCCAGUAGACGACAUAAACAUCCCAGGCGAGAAAAUAGUGCUGAGCGCAGGGAAAAAAUUGAGAGGUGGAAUAAGGAGCGAGAAAUGAAGAAUAUGCAAAGGGAUGAUGAUGAGCAGGAUGCUCGCCAGGAGGUUACGGUGGAAGAGCAGCCGCGGGGUGACGGCCCAGACCAGUCAUAGGAAAUAAAGAAAAAGAAGAACAGCAGAAAGUGUGAAGCGGACGGCAGAGUGACUGCGUCAAUCCCCCAACGUUGCAAAAUAAACAGCUUAGCACAGCAGAAUUAACUGUUAUCUUGUAUUUUUUUUUUUUUUUUUUUUUGGUAUUUAAGACCUUGUACAUCUCCCGGAAGGAACUCCACAGCAGUGCGUUUUGUUUGUUUUUAAUUUAUAAAUUUUUAACCCAAAAGAUGUGCUUUUUUAAUCUGAAAAAGCAUUUUUUUAAAGUGCAUUUUUUUAAAGCGCAUUUUUUUGGUCUCAGCGAAAAGGACCAACGGAUGAGUAGGUGCUUCUUCUGGGAUGGUAUCGCGCGAGUGGCUGCCGCCCCUUU